GUGUGUGCGUGUGCGCACACAGAGGCUCCUGUCCCACGAGGAGGAGAAGAACAAAGAAAUCAUCCAGGAGGUCUGCAUCAUGAAAAAGCUCUCUGGUCACCCCAACGUGGUGCAGUUCAGCUCUGCAGCGUCCAUUGCCAAGGAGGAGUCGGACACGGGCCAGGCUGAGUUCCUCAUUCUCACAGAGCUCUGUAAAGGUCAACUGGUGGACUUCAUCAAGCGGGUGGAGCAGAAGGGACCCAUGUCAUGUGACACAGUGCUGAAGAUCUUCUACCAGUCGUGUCGCGCUGUGCAGCACAUGCACAAACAGAAACCUCCUAUCAUCCACCGGGAUCUUAAGAUUGAGAACUUGCUGAUCAGUCACCAAGGCACCAUCAAGCUGUGUGACUUUGGCAGUUCCACCACAAUAUCCCACUACCCUGACUACGGCUGGUCAGCCCAGAAGAGGUCCAUGGUUGAGGAUGAGAUCACCAGAAACACUACUCCGGCCUACAGGACACCUGAGAUGAUUGACCUGUACUCCAACUUCCCCAUUAACGAGAAGCAGGACAUCUGGGCAUUGGGUUGUAUCCUCUACUUGUUGUGUUUUAAGCAGCACCCCUUCGAGGAAGGCGCUAAGCUGCAGAUAGUCAACGGGAAGUACGCCAUCCCCCAGAAUGACGUCAAGUACACUGUUUACCACGAGCUCAUCAGAUCCAUGCUGAAGAUCAACCCAGAGGAGAGGCUGUCCAUCACGGAGCUGGUCAACCAACUACAGGAGAUCGCUGCGGCGCGCAAUGUCAACCCCAAGUCUCCCAUCACCGAGCUGCUGGAGCAGAACGGAGGAUUUGGCAACAACGGCGCACAGCCCCCAGCCCAGAUCCACAACAUCCACAACGCAGGGGUGUACGGUGCAGACCCGGACCAGGGCGGGGGCUUCCUCGACAUUCUGAAGGGAGGAACUGAACGCUUUCUGACCAACAUCAAAGACACCUCCUCUAAAGUCAUCCAGUCUGUGGCCAGUUAUACAAAGGGAGACCUGGAUAUCUCUUACAUCACCUCUAGAAUAGCAGUCAUGUCCUUCCCGGCGGAGGGAGUGGAGUCUGCCAUUAAGAACAACAUGGAGGAUGUGCGUCUCUUCCUGGAUGGCCGUCAUGCAGGACACUACGCCGUCUACAACUUGACCAAGCGCUCUUACAGACCCACCCGCUUCCACAACAGGGUGUCGGAGUGUGGCUGGCAGGCCCGGCGGGCACCCAACCUGCGGAGCCUCUACAGCCUCUGUAAGAACAUGCACCUGUGGCUGAAACAGGACCAGAGGAACAUCGCCGUCGUCCACUGCCUGGACGGGCGGGCGGCCUCGGCCGUGGCGGUGUGCUCCUUCCUGUGUUUCUGCCGCCUCUUCACCACGGCUGAGGCGGCCGUAUACAUGUUCAGUAUGAAGCGCUGUCCCCCGGGGAUCUCCCCUUCCCACAAGAGGUAGGUGCUCCUGGUCAUCCAGCCUUAAGUACAUUGUCUCCUGGGGACAGAUCUAGGAUCAGUUUCCCCUCUCCAAUCCUAACCUUAUCCUGCAGGUAGGUGUCCUAGCGGUUAAGAGCUUUGGGCCAGUAACCGAAAGGUUGCCGGUUCGAAUCCCCGAGCCGGCAAGGUGGAAGAAUCUGCCGUUCUUCCCUUGAGCAAGGCAGUUAAGCCCCAAAAACAACUGCUCG